AACUUUGUUCGUAAAAUAUCACAUCAAAAUGGCAGCGCCCUGUGAGGAAAACGUGAGCGUGGACGUGGUGACGGGAGAUGAAUUCAGGCAAAUGGACCCCAUUCGUUUCAAGAAUAUGGUUUAUAAACGUGUAAAAAUUUGUGCGGCCAAUGAGUAUGAGCAUGAGGGAUGGAUUUACACGAUAGAUCCAGUUUCACUUAGCAUCAUCUUGGCCCAAUGUGAAAACUGCUCGCCUGAUGGAAAGCUCCCUCUAUCUGUCGUCAUGGGACACAGCAUCACAGACAUCACUGUUCUGGACAAUGACACAACCAAGCACAAAGCUUUACUUGAUAAACUCUUCAAAGACAACACCCAGACACAGUCCCUGUCCGCGGGUGAACUUGCAAACCAGAAGGAAAAACUAAAGGAGUGGUUGAAACUUAAUAGAGUACCAGUGAAAGAAUGCGGAGAGGACAAUAACUCCUUGAAUAUUUCAGAUGUGCUGGUGAUUGAGCCUCCGUAUGAACCUGACAACUGCCUGUGCAAGAAUGAGAUCAUUUUGGCUCGUGUGCAGGCUCUCAUUAGGAACAUGGGUGAUGCAUCAUGACAUUGGAUAAUUGGAUUUCUCGUGUUCCUCGGGUCUUGAAUUUUGUUUGCUGGACUUGAAAUUGUAUUGUUCUUUUACAUGAAUGUGACACCUUGGUCAGGACAUUUCCUGAAAUAAAUUUAGCAAUGUUUGUAGAACUGUAUUUGAAGGACUGGCACAUGGAAGUUAUUAUAUUAGUGUGUCACCUGUAAAAGAUAUUGACUGUAAUUGAACUUCAUGUACCAGAAGUUUUAUAAUUGCAGAACUGGGUUCAAGAGACUGGCAAGUCUGCAGCAGGACAUUGACUAUAAGAACUAGCCACCCAUACAAACCACCAGAAGUCUGUGUUUAUCGGCAAGAUGAUGGGUAAAUUGAGAGAUAUACUCCCUUUUCUUUCUAUAAUUUGAUCGUUUCUUAUGUGUUUUCGCUGUUGAAUAUCAUAAAGACAAUAAUAAUCUUUUCAUUUCAGUGAAUGAGACAAACUAUCACUUGUAUGCGAUAUGAUUGUUUACACAAUCUUUUCUCGGCUUCACUCUGGAAAGCUAGGGAUAUCCAAAUUUCCACAGAAUUGAUAGUUUGUCCCAUCACUCUCACUGAAAGUAAUUAUUUGUUUUAUUAUUUUUCUCAAAUGCUGUUCUUGUAUUUCCAAAGUUUCCAGAUUUUGUGAAGCAUCUUGAUAAAGAAAAUUUGAGGGAAAAAAUGUACUGGAAACGUGACCAAAAAAACCCAGAAGUCUCCACUUUAUAGAACUGUAGACAGGUAUUGAUAAAAAAAACUUGAGGAAAAAAUGUACUUGUAACUUGACAAAAAACCAGAAGUCUCCAUUAUAUAAAACUGUAGACGGGUAUUGAUAAAAAAAAACUUGAGGAAAAAUGUACUUCUAACUUGACAAAAAACUAGAAGUUUCCAUUAUAUAAAACUGUAGACGAGUAUUUGGAAACUGAUGCUACCAUUUCUGAGUUGUCAGUGGAUAACUUUGUUAUCUACAUGUAUUAGAAUGAAAAUAUUUUUGUUUUCAUGACCUAUUUAAAAUUUCAUUGGCUUGAAGAGUUUCUGUAAUUUGAUAUUUCAUUUUAAAAAGGGACAAAAUGAAACAUUACAAACAAUAUAUACUUACAGGAAAAUGGAAGUAUACACUUCUGUACACUUUAUCAGAAACAGAAUCAUGUUUUGAUCAUUUUAGGGAAAAUUUGACAGAAAAUGAAAAUAUAAUGAAGAAUCAAACAUCUGAAAUUGUUACCAUACCAUGAUAGUUAUGGCUAAAUUAAAUGCUAUACAACUUCUAGCCCUUCUUUUGGAUGCGAUUUUUAAAAGCUAAGAUUUCAUCUUGUAAAUAAAGAAAAUAUAUAUUUUUCAUCAAUGUGAAGGAAUAUAAACAAUUUUUAACAUCUUAAAAAUAGAGAAACAAUAUUUUUUUUUAAUUUAAGAAGAGUGUAGGAUUUAGGAAUUGUUUGUAGAAAUAAAGUAGAACCUUGACAUUACAGUUAAACAUUACAGUAUAUUGACAAUAUUGUCAGCAAGUAUCAAUUUCAAAUCUCCAUUCAUGAAGCAAUUUAUUCUUUUGUUUAAAGAGGAAGUCCACCCCAACAAAAAGUCUGUCGAGAUAAGAAGAAAAUUUAUGUCAAAUAUGCAUGAAAGCUUUAUAAAACUCGGAUAUUGAGUUAGAAAGUAGUGACAUUUGACAAUUAUGCAUAUUUUUCACAAAAAAUGUAUGCACAACAAAGUAAUAUAUACUUUGAGAAAUAUGAUGACACACUCUGUAUUUCUUUUGUAUUUUAUUAAGUGAAUAUUUGACAUUUUGCAGAUUUGACAAUGAGGAAUAUUUUCAUAGAAUCACGAUAAGUUAAAAGAGUGGAAAUGCCACAUGCUUACAAAGCAAAUUUGUUGCACAUUAUUAUGAGGAGAAAUAAAAAUACUCCAUGUUUCAUAAUAAUAAACAAAAAGAAAAUGGUGGGUGGGUGAUGUCAUCUGUUUCCUCAUUUCCAUACCAACCAUGAUGUACAUGUAUAACUGUUUUCAUAAAAUCAAGCAAAAUAUAAAAAUGGUUUUACUCUAAUUUACAUAAAAAAUUGAUUCAUUUAUUCAUAUCAUGUUUCUGUUUGAUGGACUUACCCAUUAAGAAAGCUCAAUAUUGUCACUACAUUACUCUCUAUUUUAUCUUUUCUCUCCCACCCCACCCCCAUUUAACUUUCUCCCAUUCUUCCCCUCUCUGUGUUUCCCUAUUAUUUUUUUCUCUUGAUUUCCUCUUGUUAAUAAAAUGUUUUAAUUCUAUAGUUGUACACAGCAACUGCAAAGAGCCAUUGUCAAUCACAUGGAAUUACAAAAUGACCAAAUCUCAAGAUAGUUGCACAAGUUCUUACCCCCACAUGUUUACAAUGAAACCCAUUUUGCUAUGUUUUUUUCUCAUUUGUACUUGUAUAUUUGAAUACCCGAUUAUCCAAAGUGUAACCAGUAGAAUUUAAUCUAUAUCUAGAAUGGAUUAGAUUCCUUCUCUUUAUUGAUAUUGCUGUCUCAAUAAACAGUAUUCCAUGAAUAGCAUAAAAA